GAACGCUGAACAUGGCGGAAGGUGAAGUGUCUGCAGAAUCUGAAGCUCCAAAAAUUGUGUUUAAAAGUAGGAAAACUAAACGGAAGUGCUUUCGUUCGAGAGGAGGGACAGAAAAUGAUGAUUCUGACAAGGAGGCAGAGGAAGAGGUGUCCAGAGAAAUACUGGAAGACACUAAAGAAAUACAGAAGCUGAGAAAAAGGCCACAUGGGGUGAGCAUCAUUGGUCUGAAUCUUGGGAAGAAGCUCACUACGAAAGAGGAGCUGGUGAUUGAGGACCCCUUCAAGCUUAAAUCGGGUGGCAUGAUCGACAUGAAAGCCCUGAAAGGAAAAAGGGUAGUUGUGGACGAACUGGAUGCCGUGAAUCUCGGCAACACAUUUUCUGUCGAAACUAAUCAGAGGGAUGAAGAUGCAGACAUGAUGAAGUACAUAGAGGAAGAACUAGCCAAGCGUAAAGGAAAGGAGCAAGACAGUGACUCUCAGGGUUCUUCUGAAAAAACACUUGGGCCGGAUGACGUCUUAUUUCACGUGCCCGAACACCUGCGCAAAUCUUCUUCAAAGAAGUCUGAAGAGAUGUUGUCUAACCAGAUGCUGUCCGGAAUCCCCGAGGUCGACCUGGGAAUUGAGGAACGCAUCCGCAAUAUUGAAGCCACGGAAGAAGCCAAGAUGAAGCUGCUGAAGGAACGCAUGUCCAAGAAGGAGAAAGAGACUUCGUUUGUGCCUACCAACAUGGCAGUGAAUUUUGUGCAGCACAACCGAUUCAAUAUCGACGACGGUAGCAGACGACAGAAUCUAAAACGGCCACCGAAAGAAAGAGAACCAGCGGUGUCCAAGCCAGUAGUGGUGAUCGCGGAGGCAGAGGGUGUUGAACCCCAAAUACCUGGCUGGCAGGGAAAGGGCAUAAAGGGCUCCCUCAAGUCGAGGAACGACGACGAGAAAGCUACGGAUGAUUUCCAUUUUGAAAAGUUCAAGAAGCAGUUUCGGCGGUACUAGUGGUACUUAUGCCUGUCCUACCUCACAUCGUGUACAGCAGCUCAUACUUGUCAUCUCGUGAUUACAGCCCAUGCAAGUUGCGUCAGUUUCAAUCUGUUUUGUACGAUUGCCAGAGAGUCCACUGUGGCUGGAGGCCUCCAAUUACAGUCGCCGUCCGAUUUUUCGGACUCGACGGGGAUCGCGCAAAAGUCCGAAUAAUCGAGCAGUCCGAAAAAACGAAUUUUGCUUCAAAAUAAACUUUACUAACCCCUA